GACCAGUGCUGAGACUGACAAACGGACUAAGGAGUUUUAGAAGUGUGUUUUUAGAAAUAUGAGGAGGAGAAGCAGCAGUAACUCCAGCAGGAGAAGCUCCACGUUAAGAAGACGCAGUGAGAAUAAACGGUUUGACGAGUUCGGCUUUGCUGUUAAGAAGAAAAAGGAGCAGAAAGUUCACCAUCGAUGUCACGAGUACAGUUACCCUCAGCUGAGCUCAGUGCGGGUCAAAGAGCUGUGUGAGCUGCUCAGCUACUGGAACGGAGCCAGUUUCAUCUGCCGCAGCCAGAUUGAGCGGUUCAUCAGGAUGGGUAUUCCCCCGAGUCUGAGAGGCCGAGUGUGGAAGUGUCUGCUCUCUAUCGACCCUUUGAAACAAAACAGUGACUUUAACUACCAGAACUGCUUGUCAGAAGUGCGAGGCCCCCUCGUGGACUUGGGCGUCAGUGAGUACGGCAUCCUGUCGGCCAUCGCCACCCUGAGUGACACCCAGAACGAUCUGGGUUCGGACCAUCAGCAGCCCCCCACCAGCCCAGAGCAACGCUACUCUGUGGAUGACAUCACACUGUUCCGGCAGAUCGCCCUGGACCUGCAGCGUUCCUUCCCCACCCACCGGACACUGAUGGGGGACAGUCCAGAGGCCAUAGAGGGCAAAGCUAAACUGUUCAGGGUCCUCAUCGCCUACGCAAAAUACAACCCACAGGUCGGAUACAGCCAAGGUAUGUCCUACAUAGCGGCGGUGCUGCUGAUGCACUUGGGAGAAGAGGAGGCUUUUUGGGCUCUCACAGCCUUGUUGGAUAAACCCAAAUAUGUGGCAGAACUGUUUGAUCUCAACCUCACCAAGGUCCAGCAUCAGGUGGAGGUGUUUGAGCAGCUCCUGAAGCACAGAAAGCCAAAGCUCUUUCAGCACAUGGAGUCAGUGGGAGUCUUGUCAGUCCAUUUUGUGAUGCCUUGGUUUCUCACUCUGUUUACUUCCCUGCCCUGCUGGGACUCUGUCCUGGCUGUCUGGGAUCUCAUCAUACUGCAUGGUCUGUCCGCUGUGUUCCGCACCGCUCUGACCAUCAUUGAACUCCUCGAGCCUCGACUGUUGGACCUGAAUGAUGAGGGAGCUGUGUUACCUCUGCUGCUCAGAGUACCUGUGGACAUAGCCCAGUACACUGUGUUAAUCCCUGCCCUGUGGAAUACCGAGCUCCAAGACUGGGAGCUGAAAUGUAUGAACAACCUGGUUCUGGAUGAGACCCACCACGGACCCACAGCAGAAAAGCAGGAGGCCACGGUGUCGGACCAAGACAGAGCAGUAACGGAGACAGAACAUGUGUCCGCACCAACACAAGAGGAAAACACAGCCAAGAAGGAGUCCCUCACCGGGGCUAAAAGUGUUCUGACCCGUGUGCUGCAUCUGGCCCAGCGGUACCUACUGGACCCGAUGACUCGACAAAAGGUGGAGGAUCGGACUUCACAAACACACACCAGGACCAAACAGCACAGUCCUGCACCUGGACGGGGUCUCAGGGGUCGGACUUCACUAACACAGUCUCAGGUCAGAUCCAGGAGGCGGAGCCAGCAGAGAGGCGGGGCCCCACAGCCAAACGGCAGCGACGUCACCGUGGCUCCUGUUAGCGUUCCAACCACAGCUGCCGGCGACAAUACUUCCAGAUCCGAUCAGACGUCAGAGCAUAAGUUGAAGCAAACACCUCCAGGAUCUACUGGUAAAUCCACACAUCGCCGUAGCAACCACAGCCUCAUCCACCCCAUCCGAGUCCGAUCCCUCCGUCUUUUCCGAAACGGCAAGACCCCGGCGACCCAGACUCCUGUGUCCUCCUCCGUCCUCCCUCCGUCCCUGCGUUCAUCCACCCUUCCUCCGUCGUCCUCCGUCCCACCGUCCAGCCCUCCAGGACCGGGCAGGGAGCAGCAGAAGCAGCAGGUCACGUCCAGGACGGCCUUCAUCAAGGAGCUGUCGUCCAGAUACCAGACCAGCCUCCCACUGAAGAACGUCAGGGAGUCGGCGCUCAUCUGAUCAAGUCGUGACCGAACAGAACGCACUCACUGUUUACACUGCAUAACGUGGAAAAAUUAAUCCUCAUUUUUAACCUCAUGUGACCCCUAAUGACUCACACCAGCGUCGCACGUCACCGCAGGAUUUCCAAACCUGCCAGACCAGGUAGCGUGAAGUGAAGCUGAUUUUUUUAGGUCACAACCAGAUUUCAGGUCCGACCGUGAAAUCUGGAUCUGACAGAAGACUGACUCUGGCACUGGUUUAUUUUGUGUACUGUACAGGCACGCACCAAGUUAAUUUUAAUACCACUUUACUCUAUGUUGUUAUUAUGUUUUUACUGUUUACAGAGGCGGCACUAAUAAAAUACUGAUUCUUUUUUAAUGGCGACUUAU